ACUAUGCAUUGACUUUUGUAACUGUCAUUUAAUUAGCGAGUUUGAGAUCAUACCGUAGCGUCAAAUUUUAUUGUUUUGAUAUUUUCUGUAAUCCUAAAAAGAACUGUAAGGCUGCUUUAUUUUUAAUCAUGGAAGUUAAAGAAUGCAACGAUUUGACUGAAGAAAAUCAAUUUAUUGUAGACGAUGUGAGUAAAAUUAUAAAAGAAGCAAUCGAAAACUCUAUCGGAGGUACGGCUUAUCAACAUAACAAAGUUAAUCAGUGGACCUCCGCUGUUGUGGAGUCUUGUUUAUGUCAGCUUACAAAACUACAAAAACCUUAUAAAUAUGUAGUAACUUGCACAAUUAUGCAGAAGAAUGGAGCUGGUUUACAUACAGCAUCAUCAUGUUUUUGGGAUAACAAUACUGAUGGCUCAUGCACAGUGCGUUGGGAGAACAAGACUAUGUAUUGUAUUGUUUCAGUUUUCGGCCUUGGAAUAUAAUAUUAAAAAAAAAAACAAA